AUGUCGACCUCGCUGCAGCGCUUCGCCGGCUCCUACUCGGCCACGGCCUUUUCCCAGACUCCCUCGCAGACUCCCGGCCUCGAUACCCUCGCCGAGGGCUCCCAGUACGCCCUCGAGCAGCUGCAGUUGUCGCGCGAGGCCGCAGCAGACCCCAAGCGGCGGCGGCCGCCGCCGCAGCAGAAACAGCUCGACCCGUUAGACCUUGACAGCCAGUCGGACGAGAACCGGUUGGCCUUCAAGCCGGCAGCCUCCUCGCAGCGGGAUCUGCUUGUCGACUCGCGCUCUGGGAUCCGCAAGAACUCCACGUCCGUUCGUCGUCGGAUCAGUCGCGCCUGUGAUCAGUGUAACCAGCUGAGAACCAAGUGCGAUGGCCAGAACCCGUGUGCACAUUGUAUCGAAUUCGGUCUCGCCUGCGAGUAUGCCCGUGAACGAAAGAAACGAGGGAAAGCGUCGAAGAAAGAUCUCGCUGCUGCUGCUGCUGCCGCCGCUGCGUCUUCCACGCUGGAACACUCCUUAAGACAAGACGCUGUCUCCUCCCCGCCGCUGCCGUCAGCACAGUCGCCCGACCGAACGGUACCACACGAGUUGAACGGUCGCUACGAUCCAACGCCUUUUGACUCAUCGCAUCUCCGGUCCUUGCAGAUUCUACACUCAUCAACUGCCAAUCCACGAUCGCCGCCGUCGUUACUCCCUACCCAUGGGUUUGGGUCGGGCUAUCACGAUGCCUCCUAUCCGCUGAUGACCCCCCACGACACGCAUCCAGCCUCAAUCGGUCAGUUCCGUAUCAUCGGCUCGUCGACGGAGCAGCACUCGUCGUCUGCUCCCUUCCUGGGCCUCUCGCCGCCGCCUCCUCCUCAUCCUCCUCCAGCAGCUGCGAGUGCUGUUGGGCCGCCGCAGUCCCCGGCCUGGCUGCCUCUCCCUUCUCCGUCCCCGGCCAAUUUUCCCGCCUCGUUUAGCAUGCCGUCGUUUCCUUCUGCUUCCUUGUCGUUACGAUACCCCGUGCUGCAGCCGGUGUUGCCGCAUAUUGUCUCCAUUCUCCCUCAGUCCCUGGCGUGUGAUCUGCUGGACGGGUACUUUACCAGCUCUUCCUCCUCGCAUCUCUCCCCGUUGUCCCCCUACGUCGUCGGGUACGUCUUCCGCAAACAAUCCUUCCUCCACCCGACAAAACCGCGGGUCUGCAGCCCGGCGCUGCUGGCCAGCAUGCUCUGGGUCGCUGCGCAGACCAGCGAUGCUGCCUUUCUGACCUCUCCGCCCUCGGCGCGGGGUCGCGUGUGCCAGAAGCUUCUCGAGGUCACUGUCAGCCUGCUACGGCCGCUGAUUCACGGUCCGGCCCCCGGUGAGACCUCGCCCAACUACGCUGCCAACAUGGUCAUCAACGGUGUCGCCCUCGGUGGGUUUGGUGUCUCCAUGGACCAGCUGGGUGCCCAGAGCAGUGCCGCCGCCGCCGUCGACGACAUCUCCACCUACGUCCACCUGGCCACCGUCGUCUCCGCCAGCGAGUACAAGGCCGCCAGUCUGCGCUGGUGGGCUGCAGCCUGGUCUCUUGCCCGCGAGCUCAAGCUCGGCCGCGAACUGCCUCCGAAUCGACCGCAGCUCUCUCGGGCGGAUACCGACCGCGAUCUCGUCGGUGACCCGGAGGGAGAACCUUCCCAGCGUCAUCAUCAUCAAAACUACCAUCACCAACACCACCACCACCCUAGUCAUCAUGGUGGUGGUUCUAGUGGCGUCCAUUUCACCGAGGAGGAACGCGAGGAACGACGGCGGAUCUGGUGGUUGUUGUAUACCAUGGACCGGCACCUGGCGCUGUGCUACAACCGGCCUCUGACUCUGUUGGAUCAGGAGUGUGAGGGUCUACUACAGCCACUCAACGACGAUCUAUGGCAGGCGGGCGACUUCCCUUCCUCCUCUGCAUCGUCUUCAUCGUCGCCGUCCUCCAUCGCGGCGGCAGCGGCGGCAGCAGUCCACAACGGCUACCGCCGCACCGGGCCCACCUACGAAUGCACCGGCCACAGCGUGUUCGGCUAUUUCUUACCCCUGAUGACGAUCCUGGGCGGGAUCGUCGAUCUGCAGCAUGCGCGCAACCACCCGCGCUUCGGGGCGUCGUUCAUCCACAACCGCGGCGAAUGGAACAGCCAUGCCGUAGAGAUCACCCGCCAGCUGGACGUAUACGCGCAGAGCCUGAAGGACUUCGAAUCACGGUACACAGCCGCAGCCGCAGCUGCAGCCGUAGCAGCCGCAGCAUCAUCCGAUUCCGACGUGGCCAUGGACAACACCACCAUCGACCACGUCAGCCCGCCCUCCGGCAGGUCAACCAGCACGACGGGGUCCCGCGUGAGCGAGGCAAUCGUGCAUACGCGCAUGGUAGUCGCGUACGGCACCCACAUCAUGCACGUCCUCCACAUCCUCCUCGCAGGCAAAUGGGACCCGAUCAGUCUACUAGACGAUACUGAUUUGUGGAUCUCCUCCGACUCCUUCAUCACGGCAAUGGGCCACGCCGUCAGCGCCGCCGAGGCCGCCGCCGAUAUCCUCGAAUACGACCCGGACCUAAGCUUCAUGCCCUUCUUCUUCGGCAUCUACUUGCUCCAGGGCAGUUUCCUUUUACUCCUCACGGCUGAUAAGCUGCAGGGCGACGCUAGCCCGAGCGUCGUGCGAGCCUGUGAGACUGUUGUCCGCGCUCAUGAAGCGUGCGUCGUCACCCUCAACACCGAAUAUCAGAGAAACUUCCGCAAGGUGAUGCGGUCAGCCCUUGCUCAAGUCCGUGGUCGUAUCCCCGAGGACUUUGGCGAACAGCAGCAGCGGCGUCGUGAGGUGCUGGCGCUGUAUCGUUGGACAGGAGAUGGCAGUGGGCUUGCUUUAUGA